UAGAGGAGCUGUCCGAUCAGCGCCACUCUACGCGCUCGGUUUGUGCCAGGAAUAGUCCCGUUACAAGCCACAUUACCAGGGCUUACAGGGAGAGAGAGAGUCACCCCUGAUCCGAUUUUCUGCCCACACUUUUCUCAAUUUGGCCGCUCAGACAUGGCGUAGUAGUAGUUUUACCUGAUUUUGUUGUAGAUUUGACCCUUUUGGUGGGGGGGUGGACCUGUUUUGGGGUGCGCUUUUACGCACUAAAAGUUGAGAGUGGAUUACGUUAGAGAGAGUUUUGAUUGUUUAGUGUUUGGCUUUUUCCACUUCCCCCUCGACUUUCCAUGAGGGUAAACGCCGCCAUGUCUUCCCUCUGGUGCGGACUGUUGUGUUUGUGCGCGCUCGGCUGGAGUCAACUAGCGAGCGGCCAGCCGGACGAUGGGAAGAGGUACAUCUGCCGGGCAGUACCCCUCAGCGGCGACGCCAGCUGCCCCGUGACAUUAUUGCCCGAGCUGAACGCCGGGAGCCAGGAAGAGGAGCUCAGGAACACGGUCAUGCAGCUCCGAGAGACAAUUCUACAGCAGAAGGAAAACAUUUCCAAACAGCUCGGCACCAUCAACGAGCUGACCACCAAGCUGUCGCUCUGCGCCUCGGCCACCGACGACAGGAAGUACGACAAGGCGGGUAACUGGGGUAAAGAAAAGCAAAACACAAUGGGGGAUGUUCCCAGAGAUCCGAAUGACAGCAUCGAAAGCCUUGGGAAAACCAUGCAGGGGCUCAAGGACCGGCUGGAGAACUUGGAGCAACAUCAGAUGCGGGCCAACGCAUCCGGCGCCUCGUUCCCCAGCGAGCUCCGCGACCUGCUGCAGCGCCGGCUCGGGGAGCUGGAGAAGCAGCUCCUGAAGAAAGUCAGCAACCUGGAGGAGGAGAAGAGCAUGCUGUCCAACGCCACGGCCGCUUACAGGCUGAAGACGGAGAGCACGCUGAACGCCCUGGUGGAGAGGAUCAGUGAGCUGGAGAAAGGGGGAGGAGACUUCAAGUCCCCAGAGCAGUUCAAGCUCUCCCUCCCCCAGCGGACAAACUACCUGUACGGCCGCAUCACCAAGACCCUGCCAGAGAUGUACGCCUUCACACUCUGCAUGUGGAUCAAGUCCAGUGCCACUCCCGGCAUAGGGACGCCCUUCUCUUAUGGUGUACCAGGGCAAGCGAAUGAGAUCGUGCUGAUCGAAUGGGGCAAUAACCCGAUAGAGCUGCUCAUCAAUGACAAGGUUGCUCAGCUGCCCCUGGAGGUGCGUGAUGGAAGGUGGCACCACAUCUGCAUCUCCUGGACCACACGGGACGGCCAAUGGGAGGCUUUCCAAGAUGGUGAAAAGCUGGGAACUGGCGACAACCUGGCAGCCUGGCACCCCAUCAAACCGGGAGGAGUCAUCAUCCUGGGGCAGGAGCAGGACGUGGUGGGUGGGCGAUUCGACGCCGGACAGGCCUUCGUGGGCGAGCUGAGUCAGGUGAACAUUUGGGACCGCGUUCUGAAGCCGGUCGAGGUCCAGUCUAUGGCUAACUGCAGUUCUUAUAUGCCUGGGAAUGUGAUCUCCUGGCUAGCGAGCAACGUGGAAGUGUUUGGGAGGGGAGCGUUCAAGCGGCCCCUGGAGAUGUGUCAGGAGCGACUGCCCAAUGCUUAAAACCCAUCUGUACGCCUCUCUUUAGAUUAGCUGCUGUUUCCCAUCACUCAGCACCUUUUUGUAUUGUCUGCUCUCUGACCGCAGGGCUGCUUAUGGAUGUUGUGUUACAUUAAUGUUUAACAAAUUUUAUCUAUCUGCUUGGCUCAAAGAGUUGUUUGAAAUUUGUGACAGGGGUUGGGUUAGAUUACUUUAAAAUGUCGACAGUAACUGAAAAACAGAGUACUAGAGAUGAGCAAGUAUCUGCAUCUGUUCCAUCACCUAAAUUAUCUGUGUCUAGACUCGUACUCGGAAUGAGCGGGGCUGAAAGCAGAAGCGUGUGGGGCUAACAGGAAGUUGACAAAAAAGCCUGAAAAUGAUGUGGAUUGAUCAGAAGUUGCUAUAUUUGUUAUUUACUUGAAAGCUAUGAAGAGAAAAGCCUCAGAGCGGAGCUUCAGAUCAACGUUUUUGAUCAAAAGAGUGGGAGAAAUGUUUACAGAGCGAGUGUUUUAUACACUCGAAAUAGGGAAAUUCAUUCAGAUGCACAAUGAGAAUUUAGCACUAAUAUUGACACUUUUUUCUUGAUACACUAAUACUCAUUCUUAUUCAAAAGAACUUUAUCUGUGUCGGACAUCCCUUUUAACGGAGUGUUCAAUCAACCCUACAGAUAACUAACUAUAACAUGUGACGUGCUGUCAAAGAAAAAAAGAGGCCAUUUUAAAAGAGAUAAAUGUAAUCAAGUAAUCCUCGACUACAAUCUAAAUCCACAUUUUUUCUAAGGUAAUCUGGUUUAAUUUUUUGUAAUCUAAUUACUUAAUCCCUAUUACAUUUAAUCCGUAAAAGAGACCAACCCUGGGAUCUGUUCAAAUCAAAGCUGCUGUGAGCAUUGUUGUCAGUUUAGCCUACUUCCUGUCCGUUUUGCAGUGACUCGCCCCCUCCCUCCUCUCUACGUCACCACGCGAACGAGUGGGCAGGACCGCCCCUUUAAGGAGUUCUCUGUCCUGAUUGGAUAAAGUGGGCAGGGACAGAAAAUGGAAAAGAAAGUUUGAAGAAAUAUCACUUGCGGCAGCUUUAAAUGCCUGCAUCCAAAUUACAUAAUGUUUCCACAAUAACAUCCGUGGCUUUGUGAAUGUGUGGACGCACCAUAUUUCAAAUAGCGUGGAGGCUGAGCACCAUCAUCAGCUGGAGGCAAUUAGGGACUAUACGUAUUUCUUUACCAUUACUAAGGCACUUAAAUCGUUCAGUCCACCCACCUCCAUGGUUAAAGGUCCCCUCAGGUGUUGGUGCUAAGACGUAAUAGUCAUCCCUAUCUCCGCACUCACCGGCUUUGGAGUAAUGAGAAUCCACUCUAGUUCUGCACAGUUGCACGCAUGAACCGCUACCACUGCAAAUACACCGAGGUGCGGGCUAGCUUAGAGUUUGCAGGUGACAUGUGAGUUGGCGUUGCGUGCCACGGGAGUAGGAGGGAAGAUUAAAGGUCUGGCUAAUGUUAUGUCUGUUACUUAAUGAGGAAAUGGGCUUAGAGCCAACAUCGAUCAAACCUCUGACCCUGACAUGUUCAGUCAAUUUUAAGGGGAAUAUAACCGGUGAAGUACAAUAUGGCAUCUUAGCAGUCAUGGGCUCCUGGCUGGUAUGUUGGAGCAUGUGUGCAAUAGACUUAUUUCUCUGGUGGAAACAUACAUUGAUUUAGUUUUCUAGCUUAGCACUGAAUUAGAAAAACUCCACCCUUUUGGGAAGCUUCAUUCUUGGCAUGCAUAGCUGAUACCAGUGAUACUAGUGAGUCUAUCACAGUGCUCUUUUUUUUUUCUUUUUUUUUUUUUAACUUGCCUUUCCCGUUUGAACAAAAUCUAUUUAACUGGUGAAUCAUGUUGAAAAUAUAUUCAUUGCAUCAAUGUUGUGAAAUAUUUUUAUUUGUGAUUUGUGAUUUUGUUGCGGUGUCUAACCAAGCAGUCAACGGAAGAAGAAGACUUGUCAAAAAAGAUGUUUUAAAAGUACAUUUAUGUGUAGUGUGAUUUUCAUUAUUUAGUGUUUUUUAUUGUAAUCUCAAUUUUAAGCACAUAAAUGGUCUUAUUUAUUUAUUUAUUUUUUCUAAUGUGUCUUGUGGCCUUAUGGAGAAUUAAGUGCCAAUGAAUGUUCUGCAAAUGUUGACUUUGCCAAUAAAUCAAAAUGUGGAAA